GUCUUUUGUGGCUGGCGUGCUUAAAGAGUGUGCGGAGAGGGAAAGCAACGAGAAAGCGGUUCUGACGGUAGAGAUGAAGCUGGAUAUUGCCAAGUUUGCUGCGCAGAUAUUUCGGACAGCAUUGCUCUUAAAGAAGUCCGUUGAAAGGAAUGGUCGGAAUAGGGAUCCUUUCGAAGCAUGUGGAUGGCGAUGGUUAUGUCUGGUGGGAUUGAUGAAUGAUUACUUGGAGCCAGAGUUGCUUCGCCAAAUAAUUUCAGAUAGUGAAAAGAUUGUGCCCCGGCCGAAACAUGUGUCACCAUUAUGGUACUUGGCCUGUCGGAUGCCGGCUUCUGUUGAUGGAAGGCGCGUUGCUACUCGUUUCAAGAGUUGGCUGAAAGAACCUCCAGCGUGGUGGCCGGUCAGUUCCGGAAUUUAUCAGGAUCACUUCCCCCAUGAGUUUGGCGAGCUACCGAUGUCCAAGACGUCUGCCCGCUUAAUUGCCUUUAGUUCCAGAGCUGCACAUUGGCUUGCAUCCGGGAUCGGCAACUUCCGCGUGACAAGCAAAACUUGGAUACCUAGCAAAAAUGCCGACAUUGUGAACAUCUUUCACACCUCAUUAGGAGACCAACGGUUUAGCCAGAUGAUCGACUUAGUCAAACCAAAAUUUCAUGCCAUUAUUCAAGCCCCUGAACUAAUAGCCGAACUAACAGACAGAUCGAUCAUGGAGGUCCUCUGCAAAUACGCGAGUAUACAUCGUAAACCCGCCUACAAGUUUUGUAAAGACUGGCAGUUCGAUGUGCCGUCCGAGAAGUCUGAUUUGAGCAUGGAUUUGAGCACGGAUACGUCUGAAGACGAACCGCCGCCAAAAAAGACGCGCAGUGGAUGA